AAUUAAGAGUGUUUCUUAUUGUUACAACUUACAUAUAUCGUACAAAAAUGGCGGACGAGAUCACAAUCGGGUUUCGCUUCUAUCCCACGGAAGAGGAACUGGUUGCGUUCUACCUACGAAACCAGCUUGAAGGAAGGAGUGAUGACUCAAUGCACCGUGUCAUUCCUGUUCUUGAUGUCUUUGAGGUCGAGCCUAGUCAUCUUCCAAAUGUUGCGGGAGUGAGAUGUCGAGGAGACGCUGAGCAAUGGUUCUUCUUCGUGCCACGACAAGAACGCGAAGCUAGAGGAGGUAGACCGAGUAGAACCACGGGGUCAGGAUACUGGAAAGCGACUGGAUCACCUGGUCCUGUCUUUUCCAACGACAACCGAAUGAUUGGAGUCAAGAAAACUAUGGUUUUCUACACUGGGAAAGCACCAACCGGAAGAAAAACAAAAUGGAAGAUGAAUGAGUACAAAGCCGUUGACGAAACAGUCAACGCUUCCACAAUCCCUAAGUUGAGACAUGAAUUCAGUUUAUGUCGUGUCUAUAUAACAACAGGAAGCUCCAGAGCUUUUGAUAGACGUCCUGUGGAAGUUUUGCAGACAGAGAGAAUGCUUACAAGUGAUGUUGCGGUGGCUGAGACAUCGUUUCGUGUCGAAAGCUCACCGGAAACUUCGAUUUCAGGAGGAGAACAUAUUGAUCUCUCUAUGAGUACAGAGUUGGUUGAUGGAUUAACAGAGCCAAUCUGGGAAUGGGAACAGCUGAGUUGGCCUUGAAGCUAUAUAGAUUUUAUAAUGAAGCAAAUUUAAGUUG